AUGUCCCGAAACGUACAUUGGCCUCGAUAUGAGUCGAGUAACAGUACUCACUCCGGCCGCAGCGACAGCGACCGUUCGGACGAGACAAAUCCGACCGAGUACAGUGACCGGCGUCCCUCUCUGGUCCAAGCAGAGACACGCGACGGGCGCCGUGAACAAAGAAGCGAUCCAGACUACUUCGCCUCUAGAAAUUUCAACGACGAAUAUGAGACGUACCCUACCCGCGCCUCCGUUGACACAUAUGCUUCGACCAGCGAAGAAGAACUCGCCGACGACGACCUCGACGAUAUGCCCACCUACCAGGUCCCGCAAUGCAAUCAUGUGCCGCUGCAAAGCGAAGCCAUCCCCACAACGCCACGCGAUUUCGCAGAGCUCUUCCCUACAGGCAAGCGCAUAUCGAUACGGCACGACGAUGCCACCAUAGACGGGAAUAUGAACCUACGCGUGGAUACGCAGGUCGAGGAACGGGGACACAGGAAGCAUAACUACACACUCUUCCAUUUGCGCAUGCAGGACUUGCGCACUCGCGAAUUCUCGUUGCGUCGGUACUGCCGAGAGUCUGGUCGUGAAGUCUGCCAUUCAAUACGAAAGUACCAGAAGCCUCCAUCUGAGAGGCCAGUCUUGCAGCGCGCAAGCACAGCUCUGGCCAACUUGGUCAAAUCUGACUCUAGACCCUCGACUUCAGCGGGCCUAAAGCGUACAGACUCUGGGUAUGAAUCUGUGCCUAGCCAUGUCGCAGCGGAGCUUGGAGAAGGACCCAAACCCAAGUCUGUUGGCUAUGCAAAAGGCCGGGCAUUGAUGCCUACCAACACCAUCAAACUGGAGUUCUCCAACUAUGCACACCUUGACGUCAAGCGAAGAGGUGCGAAGUCAUACAAACGUUACGCUUUCGAAUACUGGGGCCACGAUUACUCCUGGAAGCGCAUUGUCAAGAAGGAAGCUGAACAUGAGAGUGUGUCUUACUACCUCGUUCGCGACGACAAUGACAAGGAGCCUCUGGCACACAUCUGUCCUGUGCGAUUGACUGCGGAGGAGGCACAUGAUGAGCAAGCACGAGGAGGCUGGGUCCCACCGUGUUACAUGCGCAUCACCGAUGAGCAGAUCUUGCGUGUCGUUGUAGCAACAGGCCUCAUGGCUCUUGUGGAUGACUGCAUCAAGCGUCGCUUCCACUCCACGCAGAGCACGCAGUUACACAUUCCACUCAUACGUAAUGCCAGCUUCAAAAUGAACAUGGAGUACAUCGGCCCUAAACGGCUAAUUGACGAGAUGUUCAGUCGAAAUACUGGUCCCAAGAAGCCGUCAUCCGGACAGCGCCGUGUCCCGGCGCCAGCAUGA